GGGAUGAUGCCAUAUGCUCUAAUUCUGCGGGUCCAUCGUGCAGCGACCAGUCGGGAGCAGCUUGGUGGUUGCGGUUCUGGGAGUUUAGAUCUGGUGAAGUGUAGUUUGUGUGAUAAGUCCAGCAUUAAAGGGCAGCGUAAAUCGCAAGGUAAACAUAAGGCUAGCGGGUCAAUGCGAAGGUGAUGGAUCUAUGACUGCGCCCGCCAUGGGCAUGGUUCAGCUUCUCCAAGCAGGCUGCGGAGUUCAGCUGGCUAGGAUUCUGUUUCUAGUAUUGGUGUUGGCUUCACUACCGUUUCUGAUCCCGGAUGGCGUGGGUGCGUUCCGUAUUCGAGACGGCGGGGGUUCAGCUUCGAUCGAGCAAACUCGAACCUCGUGCAAUCCUCUCUUCGGCAAGUGCGCCGAGCACAAAACGUCCGGAUUGUUAUCCAGCCCCUCGUCUUCCCCCAUAAUCGGGUUACGCAGGAGGUUCGAGGGUGGAACUGCACUCCCGCCACGUCUGAUGAAAGGUCAACUACUUGUUGCGGAGUCAGAUGAAGUGCGUGACAAUGAUCGAGCACAUGCGGGUGCUUCCAGUUACGUCAAGUCAAAGUUUGAAAAAGUGGCGAGUGUCAAGGUUCCGGAUGUCGCUAGAGCUCAGUUCAGGGCUUCUUUCGCUGUGUCAAAAGCUGCUUCCAGUGGUUUUGCCCGGAGUAAUAUGCAGUCCAAGUCAUAUUCUGGAAAUUCUUACGAUGAUGAUGACGGCGGGAUAGAGACUGAGGAGAAUGAAGACGAUAACGAAGAUAGCGGAGAUUAUGAUGAAGAAAAUAACGACGUCGACGAUUAUGAUGACACUGAUGGCGAGGAAGAAAAUGACCAUGAGAAUGGAGAUGAAGACGAAGAUGAGGAUGACGAGAGCUAUUCCAAAGAUGAAGAAGGAGAUCAAAGAGAAUCGGAAGAAGAGGUUGUUAAGGAUGACGAGGCCACCGAAUUUAUUGAUAAUGAGGAAGACGACGAAGAUAUUGACUACGGACGAACAAAACUCGAAGGCGAACAGAUUCUCGACGCAAAUGACGGGGAUGUUGAAAGUACUGAGUCUGUGGAAGAUAAACAAAUCGGAAUCAAGCAUGAAGUUAAAGUUGUGAAACAGGAUGUGCCGAGUGAUAAAAUCAGCAUAAAAAUCACUCCUGUGCAUCACGUACGGUCCGGUGAAAAAAGUACAAGGCAGGGCAUUGCAGUCAUAGGAAAAUUAACAACAGCAGAUAGUACGAGACAGAGUAAUGAAGAUAUGGAAGCGACGAGUAAAACCGCACAGCAUGAUGGCGCAGCUAGUGAUCAAACUGCAGUGGUGAAUGACGUUGAAGAAAAUGGGAAUAAAUUUGUCGCUCCGAAAACAGAAUUCGAUCGGAAAGCUCCGGAUGAUUCGAAAAUCAGUGUUAGUGAAUAUCCGAAGAACACUGACAAUGACGAUGACGACGAUUCAUCAGAGCUGGAAAAAGAUGACGCAGGCAAAGUCGAGGAUGUAGUUACGCCUCCGCCAAGAAAGCUUGAACGUGUCAGACGCGCCAAUAAAUCGAAAUCAAUGGAAGUGCUUACCACUAGGUCGAUCGAAGACUCGUUUGAAAAAGCUGCAUCUCAAAAAGUUAUGAAAACUGAGCCUCAAACGGUACAAAGAGUUUUGAGUGACGCAGAGAAAAUCGACGUCCUAAAGCCAACGCCACCCAGUUUGCAGAAGUCGGAGUCAUUGCUUGUCGUAAAGCCAUCAGAAAAUGUCAGCCUGCCUCUCACCUCGCAAAAGGCGAAUGGAACGGUGAAAAAAGGAAAAAAUAAAACAGGACCCAGGCAGCCCGAGAAGGAAAUCAAGUCACCGCCCCAACCACUGGCAAAACAAUCCGAAAAGCCUAAAGUCAAGGUCCCUGAAAGAGAAUCAGAUCUAAAGUCAACUAAGUCAAAUGCUAAGCCAAAGAAACGGAUGGAGGCCUCCAUCACUCUGUCGGAACUGAACGACUUAUUAAUGACCACACCGUCAUUUAUGCCAAACUUUACCGCAAUAGAAAACCCAGUCUGCCAGCAGCAUGGAAAAAUAUUUUUACGACAACUUCGUGGAUAUAAAUUGUGGGCCUUACAAAUGUUGGAUUCAAGCGCUAAAGUGCCAUCGGGCUUGUUACGCGGUAACAUAAAUCAGUUGGGAGACUUUGACCAAUGUCUGGGUGUCAAAGCGUACGUCAAAGUAGACGAGAAGACGGUCAAGGUCCAGGGAAAGUAUUGCCUGGCAACUAUUGACUUGCAGGCAACGAGACACGAUACGAAAAUUCCUGUCAAUUUUAUGCAGAGUAGAGCGUUCCUCAGAGCCAGCAUGAACGGGCCGGCGCACUUCAUUCCAAGAUUCACAACCGCUAACUGGGCACUUUGCGUUCCGGCUGCCUGCUCACCAGCGGACGUUCAAUCCGUAAUAAAAGAUGCUCUGAGCGCUUACAACGAAUCAAUGGGACUAAGGUUUUCCAUCGGUGUUGACUCGGAUUCCUGCUACGUUAAACAGAAGGCGCAGCCCUACUCCAAGGAGACAGUUGCCAUUUUGUAUUUUUACGCGAUGACAGUAUGCCUGGUUUUGGUUGCGACGCUGCGUGAUUUUUGCCUCACUUUCGACAGACCAGGUAAAGUGAUAAUUUUGCACCACGUGACGAAUAACGUUACUACCGCAUUGCGUUCAACAUGUGGAUUGAUUAUUGUGUUCGCAGGCAGCUAUUCUGAAAGAAUAAUAAUGGCAUUUUCAUUGCGAAGAACGACGACUUUACUGCUGCAGGAUUCCCAAAGCAGGGAUGACAUUCGAUGCAUACAUGGUAUCAGAACGCUGGCGACAAUAUUACUCUAUGUGGCCCACAAACUGAUACCCAUAUCCAGAAUGCCUUUUGCGAACCGAAUAUCUUUAACCGAGGUGGCCAAUAAUCCGCUCAGUUCUAUUCUAAGGGUUUCCCUCGUAUAUACGGACUCGUUUCUACUUCUGAGCGGAGUUUUAACCGCGUACAACAUGGCUAAGGAGUACCAUAAGCGUGGGGAGAUUCGAUGGUUCUGUCGAUUCGUCACCAGGUUCAUCAGGUUAACACCAGUCCUCCUGGCUGUAGUGUUUUGGUACGCGUUUGUCAUGGAGCACGUGGGAUCUGGACCACAGUGGAACAGCGUUGUCAAGAGCAACGCUGAUCUCUGCAAGAAAAAUGCCUGGACAAAUUUACUCUACAUUCAAAAUUUCAUGCCAUUUGAAGAGAUGUGCGCCACGCACACGCAUCAGCUUGCUCUAGACAUGCAGUUAUCUCUGAUAGCUCCGAUGCUAGUUUUCUUCUUCUACAACAAACCGGUAAUCGGUAUCCUUGUUAUACUUUUCCUGCUACAAGUGUCGGCAACUCUCCGCUACCUGGCUACGACGAACAACUAUUUAUCAUUGGUUAUUUUUCAUGGAAUGACGCUGAAGCACUUGUACAAAACUGCCAAUUUGACGUACAUGCUGCCAUUGCAUCGAGCCACCCCUUACCUAUUUGGUAUAGCGCUUGGAACACUCAUGCAUUACACCGGGAAGCAAGUUCGAAUUCACAAGGUACUUGUGAUUAUUGGAUGGGUAGUGGCUGCUGCCUUGGGAUUCUGGUCGUUAUUUUCCCCGUGGAGAUCGGCUAGAAGGGAUUACACUUAUGACGUUGAAGAAGCGACUUAUUAUGCCGUAGUCCUGCCAGUAUUCUGGGCCAUUUCUUUGUCCUGGGUUAUAUUUGCUUCGUUUACCCAGCAUGGAGGAGCAUUAAACAGAUUUUUGUCCCACCGUUGGAUGGUGGUUUUGAGCAGGAUAUCCUACUCCGUUUACCUGACACAAUUUGCAAUAUUCUUUUACAACGUUGGAAUCACAAGGUAUACGGCAGAAUUCCAGCUUCAUAGAUCCAUCGAUUUGUAUGAAGUAGCAGCUGUCAUCAGCGUGUCAGUGACAUUGACGUUGCUUCUAGACUUGCCUAUGCAAGAAGUAAAGAAUGUGAUAAUGGAAUUCACCGAUGGAUUGACGGUUGAUAAAGUCAGCAGCGUGGGUGAAGGCGAUGAAAAAACGAUUGAGACUAAAAACCACAUAUUAGAAAAACAAGCAGAAAAACAGAACGCACUCGUUGACGAAGAAAUCGAGUCCACUGGCUGGGAUUGGCAGAAGGACAUAGCUUCGAGCAGGAACAUCGAGGACGAAUAUCUAGACGGAGAAGAACCACCUGAUGUUCAGACAUUCAAGAAUGAUCAUACUAGAAGGAAAUCGUUUGUUAGACGCAACGCGGAGGAAGAAGAGGAAAUUCCCGCGUGGGACUGGAUAAAAACACCCGUUAGAAAAAUACCAAGGCGAAGUGACGACGAGGACAACGAACUUAGGAGGGAAAGGAGGAGCCUCAGUCGCCAGAAAAUACUAGGGAACGACUACUUGGAUGAGCCGAAGACUCUGAAGAGAUCUUCCGUUCAGCAACCACGGAACGAAGAUGUUCACAGAAGAGAUGGACGGUCGCAGUCUAGAGCUUGGGAGGGUAGAAAGACAAUGGUACAGGACUUUGAGGAAUCGUCUAGGAAUUUCAAACAGAGAGACGAUUCGUUGUUGAUAGCUGGUGGCAGCAGACAACCAGGCCUCAAGGAUUACGAAGUCCUGCCAAGAGAGUCAACGAAAGGAGAGCGACCUUCGUCAAAAGAUACUGAUGGCGUCCCGGCUUCAACGUGGAGACCGACAGAGCAACCAUCAUGGGAGUACGUAAACAGAGAGCGUUCAGCCUCUCAGAGUGCAAGAGAUGGGAAGAGAACAGGAAUGAAAGGCUUGGAUGGACAAUCAGCUGCGCUUAGAUCGUCGACGGGAUCCUUGUCACGUGCAAGCGAUCUCCAGAGGAAAGUAUUGAGUGAUACGGAAGAGUCGACAUACUGGAAGAGAAAGCAAAUACCGCCGAAGGUCUUGCCGUUGGAGGAGCCGAGGGUGAGUGACGAGGAAAACUGGGAAUACGAGCUGAGGUUACGAAGGCAGAAGAUAGCCAAGACUUUGCCGUCCGAUGAAACUGGAACUGCGAGCGAAGAGGAGGACUGGAGCAUGUUGAGAAGACGAUCUUCAGCCGAAGGUAAAAUGGCUCUGUUGAACGACUCGUCGGAAAUAAAAAGUUUUGGUGCUUGGAGUAUCAGCAAAGUGCCAAACGUCACAUCCGAUGCUUAUUCACACGAGCCGAGCGAAAGUGAUGAAGAAAAUGCGUAUGACGCACCCAGAAAUAACUAUCGCGAGACUAGACCUCCAUUUCGAGAGCGGUACGACACCCAGAGUGAAGAGGAAACGAGCUGGAACCCCUCCAGGCAACAGUCCCGCCCCGCCAUAAGUCCAACGAUAUUUGUAGAGGAGGAAAAAGAUCCGUCAAGCUACGACUUCAUGUUAAAAAAGGCAAGCAAACGGUCGUCACUGCAGAAUCUAGAUAGAAUUUCGCAGGAUGAACAGGAAGCGGAGGAGGAUAUUGGGUGGGAUUUUGUCAAGGAAGAAAACGCUGAUCUGAGCGAUACCCAGACUACGUCAACUGGACUUUUUAAGCGGGCUUCCAUUAUUAGAAGUCAAGCGAGCGAGGAGGAUCCGGAAUACAUAUUGCCAGAGCGGCCGAAGCUUGUUGAGCAGGAGCAGGAACAUCCUUUCAAAAAAGCAUGGCAGAUGCAGAAGUCCAGGUCAGAGGAAGACGGCCCGGUAGGAUUCUUAGUCAAGGAUAAAGACGCCAGGCCGCGGUCAGGCGGUCCGGAAGGACGAAAAGAUGCUUCGCAACAGGAGGAGAACAAACGUGCCAGACCAUCAGCGGGAGGACAGAACGAAGACCUUAGUUACUUUGGAGGUGACGAAGCGGAAUCAACUUCUGUCUCGUAUCCUGCUAGUAAUAGCGGUGAUAGUGCUAGUCUGGAUUGGAUUGAGGAUGAGGAACAGUCCGCGGUUAGUGGACAUGAGGAAACUGAGUUGGAGUCGACAGAGUCGGUAGAAAAAGAAGCAGCGAUUCUGACUAGAAAAAAGGAGCAAAUACGGCACUCGGAAGAGUCGAAUUGGGAAUGGAAUCAAGAGGAGACUUGACGGAUUUGGGCUGUGGUAUUGGGCAUAUGUUAUAACGGUGGUUGAAAGACAGUUAAAAUCGUACAGUUGGUGCGAGAAGAAGAAUGAGAAGAUGAAGAAUAUGCAGAAAAAGCAGCGGAAUCCGCUUUACCGGAGACUAUUACGUACGCCUGAAAACGAGGACUCUUAAGUAACCCAAUAAGCAGACAGGAUCAUCAUCACAUUAGGGUACAAUACAUUAGAGGAAAUAGAUAUUUAUACUCUUUAAAAGUACGGUUUUAUUUCAUAUCAGGCGUCGGUAGUAUUGGUAUCUUGGCUCUCAUUUUUCCUAUCGGUAUUUGCCUUUUGUCUCCCUGAAAUAAUGAAAAUAUAUACACCAUAAUUUCAAUAUUAAA